AUGGCCCAGAAAAGGAAGUCUCUGUCACAAGGAGCGUCGACUCCCAAGCGCCACCAGAAGGAAACACUCCUGGACACCUCUGACCCCAUUUAUGAGGAGACUCAUUCUGAUGCUGAAUACUCAGCCCCAGGCACUCCGAGUGCUAUGAGCCAAGACUUGAACGAGACUCCUGCCACUCCAUACUCAACUACGUCCUCCCGCUAUCCAUCCGAGCUCAAAAUCCACCGUUGCCCAUUUGAGGGAUGCGACAAAGCCUUCAAUCGUCCAGCUCGUCUCCAGGAACAUAUUCGAUCACACAACAACGAAAGACUCUUCCAGUGCACAUUCGAGGGCUGUGACAAGACAUUUCUACGCACUUCGCAUCUGAACCACCACAUUAAAAGUGCCCAUACUGGUGUCCGAGAUUACGUUUGUAACAGACCGGGGUGCGGUAAAAGCUUCGUGACCGGCUCACGACUCCGCCGACAUGAAGCUGCGCAUGAUGGAAGGGACAAGUUCCGCUGUACUGAGUAUCCACCGUGCAACGAGACAUUCCGAAAGCACACGACGCUUCAGAAACAUGUCACGACCGUUCAUCUCAAGCAGAAACCAUACCCGUGUACACAUACAGAUCCAGUAACGAGCCAGAAAUGUCAAAUGGCCUUUGACACCGCUGGAAACCUGCGAGCCCACGAAAGCAGGGUCCAUGCCGAAAAGCGAUUCACUUGUACAGAGUGUUCUGGAACCUUGCCAGAUCAAUCAUCAGACAUGAACCGUACCGACAGUCCGAACCAAGAAGCGACAUUUCCCACCUAUGCCCUUCUACAAGAUCAUAUCCGGAUCGUUCACCCUCCCAAGUGUCCUCAUUGCCCGAUUGUGUGCUCCACAUCACGAGAGCUCCGACGCCAUCUUGAGGUUGCUCACGGAGAUGUCAGCCUUGAAGAGCGUAAAGUGUUCGUUUGCACCUACUCUGGCUGUGAUCGCAGCUUUACGAAGCAGGGCAACCUGACAGUCCAUAUUCGCACCGUCCACGAAGGCGAAAAGCGGUUUGUCUGUGGCGAAACAGACCUUUCAUCCUCCAAAAAGGUUGCAGGCUGGGAUGCAAUUGGAUGCGGAAACCGUUACGGUAGUAAACUCGCACUCGAGGAACAUAUACGCACUGCCCAUAUGGGACUUCAGAAUGCCAAGGCCGAGCGGCGUCAACGAUUGGGACUGAGCAGCAAACCCUCGCAUGGCUCUAUUUCUACCUUGGCCGCCCUCACAGGCCAGGGUUAUGUUGAAGAAACAGGCCGACACAUUGCCUGCUUCUACGAUCAGUGUCCUCAUCGUUUCCAUCGCGACUACGAUCUCUGGGUGCACAUGAGCAGCAAACAUGGCUGCUCCGAAGACGAGGUGCAGGGUCUGUUCAUGCAACGUGCCCUGCUUGCUGAUGACUCCAUCACUGGAGGCAACUCAUUGGGCAUGUAUGGUCUCGGUCUUGAUCAGGAGGGCCAGUCUUUCUUCAGGGAAAAUUAUAUUGGGGGCGACGGCUCAUCAGAUAUGGCUUUCGGCUCACAGUCGAACGACUCGAACUACCUUCCCGGCAAGCAAGGUCUGAAUACCGAUUAUUUGGCGCAAGAUGACUUUGCAGCGGGUGCAAGCGGCGAAAUUGAUUCUGUGAUAUCCGGCCAUAAUGAUAUGGCUAUGAUCGACCCUGUUCUUGCUUACAAUUUGAUGGAGCAAUGA